UGGAGAACAUCACAUCAUCGCCACGUCACAUCACACCACACAAGUCCAUCUCCUACACCAACACUUCUCUACAACGCCAGCAUGCGCUUCACACUCACCCUCCCGCUCGUCGUUGCCGCUUGCGCCAUUGCGGGGCUGGCUCAAGCCGCCAACAUUGCGCCACGUCAAGGCACCUGCGAGGAGAAUUACGGCACGUAUCCAGAGUACACUGGCCCUUGCGAGCCUUCCAACUGCGGGGCCAGAGGUACAAAGUGCAACCGCGGACAAGGCUGCGUCAUCUAUCCAGCCUUUGGAUGCCCAGCUCAGGGUUGCGCUUGCACUUACUACUAAUAAUCACGUGAACAAUAGCGGUGCCAACGCAAGUCCUUGGGUCACAUCGUGACUGAGGCAUCAAGUCUAAUCGUGAAAUAGCAAACC